CAACUUUAUAAAAUGUGACACAAGAACCACUUUGAAAAAUUGAUGAAAAAACACGUUUCUGAACAUAUACAAAAAGUGUUAAUGCUGAUGUUUCGUAAACAAUGUUUUAUCAGUUUUCUAAGUAUCUGUUAAAGAAUUAUUGUGAUGACCAAUAUGAUUAAUAAAACUUGGAAAUUUAAUCUGUGUUCUUUAUAUUUUACGAUAAAAUAGUAAUUUAAUUCGUUAUAGAAGUACAAUGGAGGGCCAAAGUAUUGUGACAUCGAAAGCAUAUAAACGUGCUGAAUCAAAUUUAAAAGACAAAUUGAAAUUGCCUUAUUUAAAAAAUUAUCCGCAUCACUUGGUGCCAGGAUACAAUUUACAUACCAACUUUUCUGCAGACGAUUCAGAUUUAGAAAACGUCGUUGAACAGUAUCAAAAUUAUCCUUAUUAUUGUGAUUUUCCAAGGCCUUUCUUGCCACCUGCUAAAUUACCUAGAAGUGUAUUGGAUGAAGAAGAUCCUGCAUUAGAACUGCUUACUGUUAAGAAUCACAUGAAUGAUGAUAUACAGAGGCUAAAACAUUAUUAUCUUAGACACGAGAAAGAGUUAGGGGCAAUACAUAAGAAAGAUAUAAAAUGGAAUCGUAAAGAUAAGACAGUUGAUGCCAAAGUGCCUAAAUAUGUAGCAGAUAUGGCAGCAAUUAUUGAUAUGGAUCCAGAUCCUUAUUUUGAAGGGGCCUAUAAUUGGUAUUAUACCGGUGGAUCUGUAAACCGUAUACAAUUUAAUAAUACAAAUAUAUUACUUUUUCCAUUUAUGAAUGAACUAGUUGCCACACCUGUUGUUAACGUAGAGGAAUUUUUGUGGAAACCAUUGUUUCAAAAAGCAGCUAAAUGUGACCUUGAUGGUUCCUUGUACGAAUUAAAAUAUAAUAUUAAUAGUAAUACAUGUAAUGUUUUGGGUAGAUACAAAGAUCAUUGUAAUUUUUAUAUGCUGUCUGAAUGUGAUAACAAAUACAGUUUGGAUGAAAUUCAUCGACAAUCGUCAAAAAUUCCUUAUGUUAGCGCUGAUUUAAAUUUAAUUAAUACCAAUCAGUAUUGUACAGUAAAUGUGGAAAGAUCCGUAACAUUAUGGGAUAUAACGAAAAUGCAGUACAUAUGUAGUAACACUAUAAUGCAAACUGCCGUAUUAGACGAUUCAUGGGGAAGUAUAAAGUUUCAGGCAGUGGAUCCAAAUGUUAUUUUAUUUGUAGAUAGAUGCUGUCUUCAUUAUCUUGAUACUAGAAUUCCAUUUGAUCGGCCAGUAUUAACAUUGUGUCCAAAAUUCUACUUGGAAAGAUGUGAAAAUAUUUCAUUAGAUAUUGGAAGUAGACACCAUUCUUGUAGAUAUGUAGGUACUUAUCAUAGUGUUCUAAUGUGUGACGAUCGUUCUCCAAAACAAUGCGUGCAACAAAAAUGGACUCAUCAGUUCAAAAGUCCACCUAUCAUGGGUCAGGUCAUAAAUAGAGAAAACAAGGAAUUUGUUGUCUUAUCUAGCCAAGUACCUAGCGAAAGUACAAUAAUUUUAAAUACUUGGACAAGUAGCGAGACUUCGCACUCGUUUAAUUUUCCGUUUACUCCCCCUCAUAUUACAAAUACGUUAAACGAAUCUCAAACGCGUGGAACGUGUUUGAAUCCAUAUUUGAGAAAUAGGUUUGACUUGUGUAAUAUUGGUUCUACAGUCAUUAUAAACGAAACUGAAAAUAUAUUUCUGUUUCAACAAAAUUCAAUUGGUGAUAUAUAUUACCAGUGCAUAACACAUGAGACUGAAUUAGACAAAUAUUCACCCAUUAACUCCAAGUCGUGUUAUUUAUUGGAUGCUUGGGAAAACGCAAUAAGUUUACAAACAGACACCAUAGUACCCCUUACAAUUUCUAACAAAUCAAAUAUGCAACAUGUUUAUGAAAACUUCACGAAUAAAAAAUUGCGAUUAAGAUGCGACGAACGUGAAUCAAACGAUUACUUCGAACCAAAUUGGAAACAAUCUAUCGAAAAGUUGAACUCUUACAUGGAUAUAUUAGCACCGGAGCUUUUAUCCGUGUGGGAAAUAUGUGAAGAGAUUCCAUUGCCUAUAACAGCAGCACCUCAUCAGAAAGUUCUAAACUGGUUGGAAACGGCAGAUACGAAACCAUUAAUUCCCUCGCAGGAAGAAUUAGACAAUGUGGCAACGCCAAUUAAUACUCAAGAGUUAAUAAGCGUGUCUCAAGAGGUAGAUAUAACUUGUUUGGAUGACAGUAACGCGCUACAGGAAUUAUUGUUACCAAAAGUUAAAACUGCGCGUGUAAAAAGAAAAGGAAAUAUACGGAAGUAAAAAAAAAAAAGAUACGAAAAAUGGCGGGCGCGCCUGUGUGCAGAGUACACGGACUUAAUCUUUUCACCAAAAACUUUUUUCCCCGUG